AUGGCAAACGCCGCAGUCUCAGAGGCAUUCACAAUGACCAACCGAGUGAAGGCGGGCUGCUCACUCGCUCCCAUCCUCUUCAACCUCAUGUUCUUUGCCAUCUUAAUGGACGCCUACCGUGGGGAUCGCCCUGGGAUCCACCUGGCCAACAGAAUUGACGGUCAUCUUUUCAACGGUUCGACUAUCUACGACAUCAGCCUACGAUCUGUUCUUCGCCGACAGUUGUACGCUCAACACCACGUACGAAGAGGACAUGCAGUGAAGGAUGAACCUCUUCGUCGCCGGGUGCAUCAACUCCGGACUGACCAUCAACACUAG